UCUUCCUCGUUUAAUUAUACCCACUUUCGUCACUUUCUCUCUAAAAAAACUCACACACACACUCUCUCUCUCUCUCCUCUCUCAUCCUUGAAUUGAUCGCCGGAAAACCAAUUCACUCCGAUUGACUGGAUCGCAUUCUGGCGAUCCGUCGCCGAGGAUUGCCGCUCCGAUCCGUCGGCCGUCAAGUCUCUGCAACGGCUCAUCAAUUCAAAUACCAAGCGGAACAAUUAUUCUCCGGUUCGUACAAUAGAUUCAUGUUACUUUUACUUUUGUAUUCGCAGCCAUUUGAUUUCAAAUAGUGUCAAACAAUGCAUAGAUUUAUGGGUAUUUGAUGCAAUUGAUCUGUUUGAACUUGUAAUAACUGCGAAAUUUUGAUGAUUCGAUCGAAUGUUUUAAUUGUACAAAUCUAGGGUUAGGGUUUAUUAAUUAGAUUGAGAUGUUCAACAAAUUAAUGAAGCGAGGACACCGUAAGCUGUCCAAAUCGGACAGAGACGAUCCCGCGGCAUGCGGGAACGGUCCUCCAGGGAAUUGGAAUCUGGGUUCGGUUUUAUCAUCCAAUGUUGUGGUAAACCACGCCUCUCGGGCUGGGCCUCCGUCGCCGGUGCAACAACAGCCCGGUGGAGCUGUGAUCGUAGCUGCCCCGCCAUUGGGGACCAUUGAAACCCUCCCUCUGUUCCAGAGCGUUCCAGCCUCCGAACGCCAGCACUUGUUUCUUCGAAAAUUGCAGAUUUGUUGCUUUCAAUUUGAUUUCACGGACACCUUAAAAAUGGUUAAAGAGAAGGAGAUUAAAAGACACACUCUUGGGGAGCUUGUUGAUCUUAUACAAUCGGGUUAUGGAAAAAUUACAGAAAGUAAUCAAGAAGAAAUGAUUCGGAUGAUUUCAGUAAAUAUAUUCCGGUGUUUGCCACCGGCAUCCCAUGAAAAUACAGGCUCAGAACACAUGGAUCCAGACGAGGAGGAUCCUUACCUCGACCCUGCAUGGCCCCAUUUACAGCUCGUGUAUGAGCUGCUGCUGCGCUAUGUCGUGUCAUCUGAUACAGACACCAGGGUUGCUAAGCGGUACAUUGAUUAUUCCUUUGUUUUAAAAUUGCUUGAUUUAUUUGAUUCUGAGGACCCUCGAGAACGAGAGUAUUUGAAAACUAUCCUUCACCGCAUAUAUGGGAAGUUUAUGGUGCAUCGUCCCUUUAUAAGGAAAGCAAUUAAUAAUAUAUUUUAUCGGUUUAUAUACGAGACAGAGAGACAUAGUGGUAUAGGCGAGCUUUUGGAAAUUCUUGGCAGUAUAAUCAAUGGGUUUGCUCUGCCAAUGAAAGAGGAGCAUAAAUUGUUUCUCGUCCGGGCACUUAUACCACUCCACAAGCCCAAGCCAAUUUCAUUGUACCAUCAGCAGCUCUCAUACUGCAUUACUCAAUUUGUUGAAAAAGAUUACAAGCUGGCGGAUACUGUGAUAAGAGGUUUGCUGAAAUACUGGCCUGUCAUCAAUUGUCAGAAGGAAGUUCUCUUUCUUGGGGAGCUAGAAGAAGUGUUGGAUGUAACUCAGGCUGCAGAAUUUCAACGCUGCAUGGUUCCUCUUUUCAGGCAGAUAUCCCGCUGUCUUAAUAGCCCUCACUUUCAGGUUGCAGAGCGAGCUCUUUUUUUGUGGAAUAAUGAGCACAUUGUGAGCUUGAUUGCGCAGAAUCGGAGUGUUAUAUUACCAAUCAUUUUUGAGGCUUUGGAAAAGAAUAUUCGUUCUCACUGGAAUCAGGCAGUCCACGGGCUGACUGUUAAUGUUCGGAAAAUGUUCUUGGAUAUGGAUGCUGAGUUAUUUGAUGAGUGCGAAAGGCAGUAUGCGGAGAGAGAGGCCAAUGCAAGGGAGUUGGAAGAACAGCGGCAACUGACAUGGCAGAGAUUGGAUGCUGCUGCAGCUCAAGGAGGGUGAGGGGAUUCGAAUUUAUAUAACUGACUACUCAAAGAUCGGCGGCCGAGUGCAUCACAAUCCAAUAUGAUCGAUUGAUGGAUAUGCUUCUCUCUCUAUUCUUUCUUCUCUAUCUUGAUUUUCUUAUACUUUUGCAUUUUUAAAGCUCAAUCUGAUCAUUGAAGAUAACGAGGCAAAAGCAGCUGGCAAUAUAUUCUUAAAUUGUAUUGGAAUUUGCUGGUAGCGUUGCUGGUAGCGUGCCGUUGCAGAGUAAGAAUGGUUUGUGAAGUAUCUUUGUUGUAAUUGUUUCCCUCCACAAAUUUUUCCUCUAUGAAGUUCAGAAACACUCUCUUGGUUCACACUUGCAAAAUUAUAAACUUGCCUUUCCAAAUGAAUUAGGCGCCUUACUUAGUCCAGACACUGGAUAUAUUGAUGUAAAUUGGGUUUGUUUGAAAUUCAUAAUGUAUUCCAUUCGACAAAA